AGAUACGAAUAUUCAUACUCUUGACGUUUCACAGUGAAUGCACCUUAAGAGCAGCCUCACAGCAAGAACAUUUUCUCAUCCCCUCCUUCCAAAUUGAUAAUCAUAAAAUUCAUCAUUUGAAAUAAGCAAUUAAAUUACAUGAUUAGGCUGUGGAAAUGGUAUCAGAGUUGCUUGGCAGUUCACCCUGUUAAAACUCAGGUAAUUAGCUCAGCCUUAAUAUGGGGAUUUGGCGAUAUUGCUGCCCAGGCGGUCACUCACACCACCGCCAAAAAGCGUCAUCUUCAAUCUCGUAAUGAAGAUAAAGAUUUUAAGAUCAAUUGGAGACGAGUUGCUACCACAAGUUUGUUUGGUCUUGGAUUUGUCGGACCAGUUGGCCACUUCUGGUAUGAAGGACUGGACCGUUUUAUUAAGUUGAGGCUACAGCUUCGGCCAAAUUCCUUUUCUUUUGUUGCUACAAAAGUAGCAGCUGAUGGUAUAAUCUUCGGGCCUUUAGAUUUACUUGUGUUUUUCACUUACAUGGGGUUUUCGACUGGGAAAAAUGCUGCUCAGGUUAAGGAAGAUGUGAAGAGAGAUUUACUCCCAGCCUUAAUUUUGGAGGGAGGCGUAUGGCCAAUCGUUCAGGUGGCGAAUUUCCGAUAUGUCCCAGUCAGGUAUCAGCUUCUUUAUGUGAACCUUUUCUGUUUAUUGGAUAGCUGCUUUCUUUCGUGGGUCGACCAACAAGAAAACGCCCCCUGGAAACAAUGGCUCAAUUCUUUUUUGAGUUUAAAAGAACAAGAAGGAAAAGGUGGAUAAUUUCUUCUGCAAUACUUUGUUGAUUUCUUGUUUGGAUUCAAUGGUCAUCAUUGGUAAAUACAUUUCGUAAAAAGAUGAAUCAUUUACAGUUUGAAUUGAAUUUCCCAUCUGUUUAUGGCUUCAAAUUUAAAGAAAGAUGACACUGAAUGUUCUUUAAUCUGUACUAAACUUCCAAACAAGAGCCCAGCCAUGAAAUGGCCUUCAUGACUCAUGAGUAUCAGAAAAUGUAAUAGAAUUGAUUUCAGUUGCCUUUUUAUUCAUUUACAGAUUCUUUUCCA